GAUUGACCUAGAUGUUCAGGUAACAAACUAUGCAAAAUGUCGGACUACGACAACGUCCUGAUGCCAAAACUAUACAGGUUGGUGUUUCCGGGGGGCUAAGACGACACUAGCAUGCGUGCUGUGGUGACUUCGGUGUGGCUUUUAAGCCUUCUGUCUUGUCUGGCAAAUAGCUUAGGAGAACAGCCAGACGUCGCCAUUCAUCUCUGUAAGAUACCCCUGAUCGGAUCAAACUGGUCGCUGUGCUGUGCAACUAAAGACAUUCACUCGGCGACCGUCACUUUCUUCCACCAAUCACCGGAGAGUUCAAAGUUCACAGACGUAGCUGUGGUGAAGCAUACAUGUGAUACUAACACCACCUCUAGUGACUAUAAUGUGGCAUGUGAUGUUUCGAAGGUCAAAGGUCAACGGGACCUCAUUCUGACAAUUCUCAACCCAAGCUUGCAGCAAGACAUUGGUAAAUGGGGAUGUGGUUAUUAUGGGAAGACGUCGUCGCUGGUGAUCCUGGAGACACAAGUCUUGCUUCAGGAUGGAGGAGUUGUAAGAGCAAACAAAUCGGAAAACGUUAGGCUGAAUUUUACGAUUGAGGAAAUCCGUAAAGAGCAGAAGAACGUUACCAUAUACAAUCCAGAAGGAGUCAUCAUCGCGAAUAUAUCGGCGUCAGGAAUGAUUCAGACGGACUCAAAAGUCGCAAAAACCUUGUCGUUUGAUACACAGAAUGGGAUUGUCUCCCUUUUAUUACAAAACUUAACUUCGUCAGAAAAUGGCACUUAUGUAUGUGAGGUUCAGCCAUUGAUGAAAAGAUAUGGACUCACUCUAAUAGUUCUGGAAAAAUUGGACAAACCAAAAAUAACUCCGUCAAAUGUAACCCUUGACCUUACACCUAGAAAGGUCAAACAUGGCACUUUGACCUGUACUGCUGUGAGAAAGUCAGCCGGCCCAUAUUACUACACCCCUCAGAUCAGGAUAAGGUGGAUCUACCCCCAAAUGGACGUCGGGUACAACAUAUUGGUCAACGGAAGUGUGCUGACCAUCACAGGGGUCAAUUGUACGACUAACCGGUCACAGCCGAUCUUCUGUGAGGCGCAGGAGGUGUCCGGCCCCAUGUCUGAUCGCUCUCACUUCUAUCCACACAGCCUCUGUAACUGGAGCCCAAGCACGCCAGUGCCGCCGACAAUCAUACAGGGCGGAGACAAAAACGACAGUGACCGUUCUCUUCUCAUCGCCAUGGGUGUUAUUGGAAUUCUUGGAUUUGCACUGUUCGGAGUGAUGUUCUGUGCUGGGAAGAAGAAUGUGGGCCGGUGCUGCAGCUUCUGUUGUAGAAAGAUUUGUCGGUGCUGUGGCCGUACAAUCUGUCGAAAGUGUACCAAGAUGGAAGAUGAUGAAUUCUACUCGGACUACAUCAGUAACAUGACACGUGAAGCAGAUGAUCCGUACUUCACCAUCUCCCGGGACCGGGGAAGUAACUGGCGUGAUCUUCUGAAUGUAUACUCUCCGGGAGCUGACAUGUCCUUGCCCUUACCUCCGGCACUGAGGGAAAGUACAAAUACAGAUGAGAACGAGAAUGAAGAAAGCGGCCCGAACACAGCAGCUGUAGCAACUAACGACGUGGUGGUGACCGGGGCUGAGGGAGUUGACCGCAGUGUUCUCAUAAAGGAGGUAGAGCAUGGUCUGAAGGAGCUGCGUAAGACACUACACAACGCCCAGACGCAGGUCCAGGUGAGCCGAGAGAAUCUAGUACGGAACCUUUUUGACAUCUACACAGACCCAAUGAUCGUCGACUCCUAUCUGCACGUCAAGAUGGUGGAUGAGCAAGGGUCAGACUGGGGAGGAGUGAGUCGCGACUGUUUUACGUCUUUCUGGAACGAAGUGUCGGAGAACUUUUUCCGCGGAAGCUCCGUCCUAAUUCCGCAUCUCCCGCCACACAGACUUGAGGAGGAGUACAAAUUCCGUUUACUGGGACGUAUCCUGGCUCACAGCACUGCUAUACUUGGAUACAUUCCAGUGCCUUUGUGCAAGUCGGUUGUCAUGGUCACCAUAUUCGAUACAACCACUAUCGAAGAAAGCACACUUCUUGAGGACUUCCUCUUGUUUCUUGACCAACACGAUGCCAGGAUAGUUCAAAAGGCUCUGACAGAUUUCGGAUCACUGUCAGACGAGGACAGAGACACUCUCCAAGACAUGUUUUCAAGGUUUGAUAUGGGGUGUUUGAUACAAGAAUCUACAUUCCGAGACCAUUUUCUCAAAAUGGCCAGAAGUGAACUUUGUAUUAAACCACGAUCAUUGUGCGAACUGAUACGGGAAGGAAUUCCGCAAAUUCACUACGAAAGAUUCUGGAGUCAGUUGACAUUAGACCAUCUGCAGAUUCUCAACGAUCGACUCAAACCCACUGCUGAAAAAAUUAUCGCGUGCCUUCGUCCAGACGAAUCGGAACUGAAUUCUCGGACCGAGACAGUUUACGAAUACUUCACCGAUCUUAUCGCGGACCUCUCACAAGAUGAUCUGGAAAUACUGCUUCAGUUUAUUACGGGACAGGCGUGUGUGCCCCGUCGCAAUAUUACUGUUAAUUUCUCCGAUCUUUCCGGCAUGGAGAGACGUCCCAUUGCUCACACAUGCAGUUUCUCCAUAGAACUUCCCGAUACAUACGAGUCUUACGAGGAAUUCGAAGCAGAGUUUAGAAUCUUUCUCAAAUCUGACAUUAUCAGAUUUGACAUUCAGUAAGAGAGAGGCCUUACACUUAAACACUUAUCAUGUUGAAGGUAAAAAGGAUGUAAAACGCAUCCAAGUUCACUUUUUUCAUUUAAUUCGUAUUCAAUAUGGCAAUAAGCGAUCAUUCCAUAGGUUUAGUACCUAUCAUUGUACAUGUAUUCAGAUAAGAUUUAGUUUGACGUUUAAAACAUGUGUGACAAUACAAAUUUUUUGGGACCUUGCACACAUGCUGUUACAUAUAAUUUCAUUUAAGGAUCCCUGUACCACUGCAAAAAACUGAAUUAAUAAUGU